AGAGCUGGGAGAGCUGGGAGAGAGCCGCGCGGCUAAAAAGAGUCUAAAAGAGUCACAAAAGCGCAAGGGAAACGCGAGGGUUGCCUAUAAAUGUACCAGGACAGCGGCUGCAGCAGCAGUAGCAGUCGACGUGGCAGCACCAGUGCAGCAGCGGCAGCAACAACAACAGCAGGGGCUGCAGCAACAACAACAUCAACAGCAGCAGCAGCAACAACAAGCAGCAGCGACGAGGAAACCCUCGAGACACUCACGAUUAUAACCACAACCAUAACCGAAACGGAAAUCAAUGCGGCUGCCAGCACGGCAACGGCGACAGCGACAACCACAACAACCACAACUGUCAUAGCCACAACGACGGCAGCGGCAACAACAGUGGCAGCAGCAGCAGCAGCAGCAACAGCGACAGUUGCCACCAGCGACAUCGAGGACAGCAGCUUGGCGGGCAGCGAGGAGAGCGCGGAGUGCCUCGAGUACAUUGAAAUCGAUUGCCAAACAGCUCAGGGAUCGUCCGGCAACAGCAGCAGCAGCAGCACAAGCAGCAGCAGUGCCAGUGCCAGUGGCAAUGCCGUGCUGCCACGCGGCAACAAUCAGCAGCUACAACAGCAGCGCCAACAGUCAGCCGCCGCCGCCGCCGCGCUAAACGCCGAUGUGCGGCUGCUGCGGAAGAUCGGCUAUAUAGCAUCGCGUGUCCGUGGUCUGUCCAAGUUCUACGGCGACUUUCAUCUGGUGAAUCCGUACAGCGCUCGUCGCCAGCGCCGUCAACUGCAGGAGAUUCUCCUGAAGCACUCGAUCUUCGAUCCGGGCAAAGAGCGCGAGCGCGCGUUGCUCUUGGCCGCUGCCGCAGUGGCCGUUGGGGCAGCAGCAGCUGUCCAACAGCCAGCGGCACCCUCACUGCUGCCGGGCAAUAGUAGCAGCAGCAGCAUCGAGGCGGCCAGCAGUCACAGUCACAGUCGUAGUCGCAGUCGCAGCAGCGACCUGGAGGAGGAGGAGGAGCCGCCCGAGGAGGAGUCACCCGAAGAGCAGCCAGAGCUAGCAGCAGCAGCAGCAGCAACAGCAACAGCAACAACAACCACCACAACAACCACAACAACCACAGUGCGGCGCAAGUCAUCGAGCAGCUCGACAUUGAGUGGCGGCACAGCAGCCAGCGUCUCCGGUUCCGUGUCGAUUUCGGCCUCUGCCUCACAGUCGUUGGCCUCCAACAGCACGCCCAUUAAUCUGCUGGAGGAGCUGCUUAUACAGUUCUACGAGGAUCAGGACCAGCAUCGCUGCAAGCUGACCGUCAUCAGGCAUCAUCAGCGCGGCGCCUGCCACUCCCCGGACACCACCAACAACAACUGCAACAACAUCUCCAACAACAACAACACCAACACAGCCAAUACCAAUACCAAUACCAGCACCGGCCUGGCCCUCACCAUGUCCACGUCCAUGUCGAACAUGCCAGUCAGCAGUGCGGAGAACCAGCCGCCGCCCGGCGGCAGCUCCAGCAGCCAGGCCGUCGCAGCAGCCGCCUCCUACUUGCAGCCCACCAGCAGCAUGCCCGACGGCAGCGACAACCCACGGCGACGCCGUGCCAGCGACUGCUCGGCGGUGCAGGCCGCCCAGGCGGCUCUCCACUGCAUCACGCUGAAGAACAACAACUGCGCCCAGGCCACGGGGAAGCUGCCGUUCCAUCGGGGCAGCUGUGGUGCCGCCGGUGAGCAUCUGCUGGCAGCCAAUUCGAUUGCCAAUCGUGCCACCAUCAUCCUAAGCAAAUCCUGCAGCAACGUGGACGGCGAUGCCCAUGGCCUGGGCAUGGGCAUGGGAAUGGGCAUGGGCAUGGGCAUGGGAAUCGGUGUGGGCGUUGGCGUUGGCAUGGGCGUCGGGGUCACCAAUCAGCUGCGUGCCAGUGCCACGGACAUUGAGUCGAAUAAUGCGCUGAAUGGGGCACAGAGCACAGCCCUUGCCACAAACAAUGGCAACAAUGGCAAUGGCAAUGGCAACAACGAGUACAGCAUCCUACAGCUGAACAACACGAUCAUUCAGUGUCACUUCAACGAUGAUGAUUUUCGCGCUCUGGUCAAGGAUCUUAAGCGCAAGGUCGAGUACACCGAGCGCAUGAAUUGGUUAUGUCUCUCCAAACGGCCAUUGGGUCCUCCGCAUCGUAAAAGCAGUCUACCAAAGCAUCAGGAGGUGAAGCGUCGCUUCCUGGAAAUUUGUGAUACCAAUUUCUCGGAAGAGGUGAAGGCCGCCCUCAGGCUGCCCGCCUUCGACUCGUACGAAUGGGGCGAUGCGGAUGUCAUCCAUCUAAUGCAGACAAUGUUCAUCGAGCUGGGAUUCAUCGAGAAGUUCAGCAUUCCGGCAGAGACGCUGCGCGAGUGGCUCUACGAAGUCUACAAGCACUACAACGAGGUGCCGUUUCAUAAUUUUCGUCACUGCUUCUGCGUGGCCCAAAUGAUGUACGCCAUUACACGGCAAGCGAAUCUGCUGAGCCGCUUGGGCGAUCUCGAGUGUCUCAUACUGCUGGUGUCCUGCAUUUGCCACGACCUCGACCAUCCUGGCUACAACAACAUCUAUCAGAUCAAUGCCCGCACAGAGCUGGCACUCAGAUAUAACGACAUCUCACCGCUGGAGAAUCAUCACUGUUCGAUAGCAUUCCGUUUGCUGGAGCAUCCCGAGUGCAACAUCUUCAAGAACUUCAGCCGCGACACCUUCAACACCAUACGUGAGGGCAUUAUACGCUGCAUUCUGGCCACCGACAUGGCCCGCCACAAUGAGAUCCUCACACAGUUCAUGGAGAUAACGCCCAUCUUUGACUACAGCAAUCGGGCCCACAUCAAUCUGCUCUGCAUGAUCCUCAUCAAGGUGGCGGACAUUUCGAAUGAGGCGCGGCCCAUGGAUGUGGCCGAGCCGUGGCUGGAUCGACUGCUGCAGGAGUUCUUUGCCCAGAGCGCUGCCGAGAAGUCGGAGGGCUUGCCAGUGACGCCCUUCAUGGACCCGGACAAGGUGAGCAAGCCGGGCUCCCAGGUGCGCUUCAUUGGACUCGUGCUGCUGCCACUGUUCGAGGCGCUCGGCGAGCUGGUGCCAGAGCUCACGGAGCUCAUCAUUAUACCAGUGCGCAUUGCUCUGGAGUAUUACAGACGCCUGAACGAUGCCCAGACCAAGACGCGCAAAUCCGUGGCCGACAGCAACACUUCGGACAGCAACAGCGGCACCAUGGACUCGAAUGCGGCCAUGGUGAGCACACCGGGCGCCACGGGCGACAAGAUGAUCAUGGAAAAGGGCCAGGGCACUGCCCAGGGCGGCGGCGGAGGUGGCACCGGCACCGGCAGCGUUUCUCCCCAAAUGCCACGCUCCGGCUCUGGCAUUAGCGUGAAGUCGCGACGCAGCAUCCCAUCGCAAAAGUCCGCCUCACGCACCUCCGUGGACGAGCCGGGGGGCAUGGCGGCCGAGCUGCACGAUCUGCCCGAGGGCAGCGAGAGCGGCGACUCGGAGACGGCCACCGAAGUGGAUGUUGCCGAGAAGACAUCCAAGUUCAAGGUGGACACGGAGGGCAGCAGCAACCGGAGCAAGUCCUCGCACUCGAACUCACGCAAAUCGUCGCGCGAGAAGCGCCCCUCGAUGAUCGGUGAGCUGUGCAGCAGCGGCGGUGGUCAGCGCAUUCGCAACUCCUACGGCAACAUCCACGGCUAUCACAGCAACCGCUGCCACUUUGGCAACAACCGAGCCGUCAGCCUCGACCAGUACAGCAGCGGCCACAGCCGUCGCCUGUCCGACGGCCUGCCCCAGGUGAUCUCCGACAGCAAUGUGUUCUACGGACGCCACCAUCAACGCAGCACUGGCAGCGCCGCAGAGUCGCAGAGCGGACAGAGUGGCCAGCGUGGCCAAGAGGACACCAAUGCCAAUACGAGUGCUGUAGCUGGAGCUGGAGCUGGAGCAGGCAGAGCUGGCAACAAUAUUCAGCUGAAUGAGCUGCUGGCCCGCACCGAGGCGGACUCCGAUGCGGAUGGGGAGAUCAGUGCCGCAGAGAUAAUGGGACCAGCGGCCGUGGCCACGGCGAGUGUCCCCCUUUUGGCGGAUGUGGCAGCGAGCGCCUCCUCCAACGGCAAUGUCUCGCCCACCGGUUGCCAGCAGCUGGAGCAGAUCGGCCUGGCCAGCAACGGCGGCACCAGCAGUCGGGCACCGGCCAGUGCCAGUGCCAGUGGCCGUGCAAGUGCCAGCAGCCAGGCCGGAGUCGCCGCUGUGUCCGGUGUUGUCGCAGUUGGAGGUGCCGGUGGCAGUGGCUCCGGUGGCUCCGGCUCGUGGAAGUCGCGGCUGCGCCAGUUCUCGGACUACUUCAGCUUCAGCUUUGACAAGGGGGGCAACAAGCGGUUUGGCAGCACCCGCAGCAGUCCCUGCCAUGGCAGGGCCAACAACAAUGGAGACGCAGCCGGUGCCGGCGCCGGACCUAGUGCCGGAGAUAGCAACAGCGCCCUGGAUGUGGCCGGAGGAGCAGGUGCAGGUCCUGCUAAGCCGCAGUCCAUAUGCUGCACCAUUUCGAAUAGCCAGCAAUCGUCAUCGGGCAGAGCUGCAGCUGCAUCCUCAGCUGGUGGCACGAUUCACCGUCAUCGGGCUUACAGCCUGGAUGUGCCCUGCAGCCGCGGCCCGGGCAUGACACGCCACUCAUCCAACGACAGCAGCCGCCACUCCUCGCGCCACGACGACAGCAACAACACGCUGCACAGCGGAGCUGGAGCUGGAGCUGGAGGUGGAGGCGAGGUGCCCGGCAUACGCAUUGCAUCCGUUGAUGGUGUCGUGGUCAUUCCGCCCAGCCUCAGCGUGGAGCUUGAGCUCGGUAUGGCUGGCCUGGCCGCCUCCUCGGAGGUGGCGCCAAAGAUUUGACAACAGGGGAGCACUCAUGACUCCA